AUGUUAUUACUUGCAAUAUUACAAGAAGAUAAACUGAGUAUUAUAUUGAAUUUGAUUACAGUUCCUGGGGUAGGACUAACUCCAACUGAAAAUCCUACUAGAAUUCAACUCAACAAAGCAGCUCACAUUGCAAAACAUUCAACAGCAUCAAUUGGAAAAUUUGAAAGCAAGCUGCCAAAGGAAAAAGAACCUAAAAAUCUUGGCAACAAAAGAAAGUUUGAGUCAAAUGUUGGCAACAUGAAAGCAGAGAAAGCAAGGGAGAUGAACAUAUUUGAUCAGAUCAUCAGAAAGAAGCCAAAAAUAGAUCUCAAUAAGGCUGCCAAUCAACUAAUCCAUUCUGAGGAGACUGAAGCUAGUGACAGAAAGAAACAAGGAGGAAAGAAGAAAAAACAUAAAGGAGGCAAUAAAGCAUUACCUAAAUUAGUAAAAAAAGUUAAAAAGAUUAAGAUCAAAGGAAAGAAAGGUCGCAGACACUGAGUGAAAUUGGUUUAAUUUAAAUGUAAAAUAAAUUCUAAUAAAGUUGAACUAGCUUCAAUACUGAUGAUGA